CCCCCGCAUGUGUUACCACGGAGACGACGGUAGCUUAAAGUGAAAGUGAGAAGUUCCAGGAAUCGCGCGGUCCCGCCGCCGCCCGACACACCCGGAAGGAGGAGCCGCCGCCAUCAUGAGGGCCUGUGUGCUGUCAGUUCUCCUGGCCACGUGGACGCAUUCAGUCUUUGGAAUUACCAUUCAGAUUUACCCACCUUCUCCUGAAGUCAACGAGACUGUAACUCUCAAUGUCAUUGAUGUACGUGGGACACUUCUCUAUGCAGAUUGGUACCAAGGAAAGAACACGAGCGCAGAAUUUCAGAUCAUAAGGUACAACAGCGGCGCCCCAAAGAACUUUGGAAAGAGGUACUUCUCAGAAGCUGAUGUGUUUGAAAAUGGCUCCUUACAGAUUAGCAAUGUCCAGAAGGUUCAUGAAGGCUUUUACACAGUCAACGUGCAAACGGACAUGUCGCUCCAGGAUGCCACAGUGCUCCUGAUGUUAAAAGGCGCAGAUUCCACAGGAGGAUUGGGCGGCGGUGCGAUCGCAGGAAUUGCCAUUGGCGUGAUAGCAGUUGUUUCGGGAUUGGCCGGGAUAAUAGUCUAUGUGUUCAUGAAGAAAAAAAACAACUCAUCAGACCUUGUCAAGUGACGCAGAGCGGCCCCCCAUGAUAUUCCAUGAUUGGCUUGAGGUCAGAGGUGGAAAUCCAGAGGAGUAACCUCACAGAAGCUUAUUGGAUCUGCCCGCUAAAUCCUGGUCCCGCUGCUUCACCUCGGACAGGCAGAUUUACUAACGCCGAGGGCUUCGUGGGACGGAGUCUCGUCUGCACAGCUUGAACUAUAAUUGCAUGUAUUGUCUGCAGAAUCUAAUGUUAAAGGGGCCAUCCGGCCAAAAGUAUUACCUACCCACGGAGAAGUAUGGGAUAGCCCUAGGGUCUGGCCAAUGGGGCAGUAGAGGCCAUGUCGCUCCACCGUGCCAGUCACCCCUCCUGUGGAUAGCCCCUUUAAACGUCAGAUUCUGGGCAGCUGCCUCCAGGCUUUCAGGUGUCCUCUCUUCUGUCUUUCUCUCUCCUUCUGGAACUGCAUGGCGUUCAGGGCCCGGUGCACGGUAUAGAGAUGGCUGACGCCACCCGAGCUUCCUGUACGGUGAAUGGGUUAGAGGUCACUGGUAAUCCACAUCCAGAAUACGGAGCUAUAGUCGGACCUCUAGUGAUGACAGGUACCAUGGGCUCCUGCAGUGAUUACCCCAAAUGAUCGGAGAAGGGUUGAACCUGAUAGACCCCCCUCCCAGCUCUGAAUACUUUAAAAAUGGCUUCUUAUAAAUUGAACCUAAAAAAAUAAAUUUUACUUUCAUAAAAA